GUUGAAAAAAAAAGCACGAAAAAGAAAAGUCCCAUCAAAACAUCACCACUCUUCUUCAUCGUCUACUACGGCUCGUGUGUGUGCCACACUCUGUUGUUUUUCUCUGCGCUACAUAUUAAUCCUCCACAAAUCCUGGACAGCGGGCACGAGAGACGGACGGACGCAACACCAACCCCUCAGCAGUGCGGAAGGAAACAUAAAAGUGCACAUUGCACACACAUAUGUCAAGUUAAAAACCAGAGUGCUGUUUUCACUUUUGCGAACCCAAAACAUUAUCGAUUUUCUACGGGAUUGCUGCUGUUGGGGCACGAGAAGAUGUAACUCGAAGGUAACACGUACCCGUGAGCAGCCACCACAACACGAAUCACGUUUCCGUUCCGCGACGAGUGCCGAGAAGAAGGGGAAAAUUGGGCUCGGGCUCCACACUUAAUGGAAAAUAACACAAGCUCGCUGUGACACAGUGAGCGAUUUUUUGUUAUUGCGACGAGAAGAGUGACGCGAGUGAGAGGCACAGGAGAAUAAAGAGGGUCAAGCUGUGUGGAGUUGUGAAGCAUCGGCAACGGGAUGUUUAAUCGACUGAAAAAUCGAGUGCUGACGGUGGUCGGACCGGACAUUCCUGCACUUCCGUCCAGUGGGGGUGGUGCUAGUAGCGGCGGAAGCGGAUAUCAUCACGGUCGUGACAGUGGCGAUCACGGAUCGAAGGGCAACCUUCCGGAGAAGUUCCGCUACGCCCGGCCCCAGUUCCUGCAGCUGCUAACGUUUGACGAGCUGAAGGCGAGUGCCGACCACAACGUGCGGCCAAUCAUCGUUCCGCGGGACAUGUCACUGCUUCCGUGGAACACCGGAUAUGCCGAGUGCGUCAACUCGGGUAAAUCCGAGUGGAACGAAGAUCAGGCAGCGUUUCAUCGCCAGGUGCUAUCGCAUCCCUCCCGGCAGUAUCACGAUCUCCCGUACACAUACUUCGGUAUCUAUGAUGGUCACGCGGGGUACGGCGCGGCACUGGCCGCGUCCAACCAGUUCCAUCAUAUCCUGCACGAGAAGCUGGUCGAUAUUAUCGAUCUGCUGAUGCCGCGGGUUGAGGGUGACGAUCAACUGCAGCAACAGCAGCCGAUGGCCGGGAUGGGUUUGAACGCGAUCCUGCCGCAUCCAAUUUUGUUCCACAAACAGGUCUCGAAGGAUGAACUCAUAAUAGGGGCACUCGAGUCGGCGUUUGCCGAUAUGGAUGCGGUUCUGGCUGAAGAUCGAGACAAGUACCGGAAUGCUGGGGGAUGUACGGCACUGGUUGCGUUGUUUAUUCUGGGCAAACUGUUCGUGGCGAAUGCUGGCGAUUCUCGGGGAGUUCUUUGCAAGCGAGUCCAUCGGAAGCAGCUGCCCAAUCUUCGACCUCCCAGUGCGCUAGUACAUGAGGAGGGCCUUAACGGUGACGCACCACCGGAGGAGGAAGAAGACGAAUACAUUGCGUAUGCUGAACCUUGCUCAUUUGACCACACGCCGGAGACGGAACGGCCAAGAUUGCUCUCGGUUGGGAAACUCAAUCCAAACCUUAUGGGAGGCGAAUACGUGGCAAUGGAGUACGCCAAGAAACCAAUGACGAAAGACCUUGGCACGCGUAUCCUCUACCGGCAGGGUACCAUGAAGGGCUGGUCCUACAAAACCUUGACACGAAAUGAUCUUAAGAUGCCCAUUGUGACGGGCGAAGGCAAGCGUAGUCGAUUGCUGGGAACAAUCGGAGUCACCCGGGGCUUCGGUGAUCAUGACCUGAAGGCUCUGGGCAGUGGCCUUCCAAUCAAACCAUUCCUCAGCUGUCACCCGGACGUAGUCUGCAUCGAUCUCAGUGCGGUCGAAAGCGAUUUGUCGGCGACUGACAACGUUGAUGGCGACUAUGGGGUUCUGGUAAUGGCCACCGAUGGUCUGUGGGAUGUGACGUACUCGCAAAAGGUCGCGAGAACCGUCUUUUCCACGUUGAAAAAAUUUCCAACCGAGCGACAUCGGUACACGAUGGCCGCCCAGGAGCUGGUAGCGAAAUCCCGUGGUCGGGCAAACAUAAACGGUCACUGGCGGCUGGCGGAUUCCCGCGCAGCGGCAACCGUUGAUGACAUAUCAGUCAUCGUUAUCCCAGUCUAUCAGUACUAUCUGGAGUAUCUGGAAUGGAAACGUUCACUCCAAAAGCCGAAGCCGGUUGUGGUCAGUACGAAUUCGAAUGCAAGCGCAGCUGAAGAGGCUCUGGCCGGGGAGGGGCUCAGCUCCGAAUCGGAAUCCGAUCCACUGGAUCAUGCACGCGAACCCGAUGGUGACACCAAUCACCGAGUAUUUCCUUUACCGAAUGCCGGGAGUGUGGAAGGAGAAGCGGUCAAUGCUUCCAAGGAGGGGGUGGUUUAGGAGUUCUGCCUCGAUAUUUAACGUGAUUUUAUUUCUAUUCCAAACGAGACUCGCAAUAUGGUUCAUUUAGUGAGAUGACACUGAGAUGAUUUCAGGAAAAAAAACCCAGCUGAAGUGGUAGUCAAUAAGCGUUAUGAGAAGAUAAUUAUUGAUAGCACUAAAUUAGUACUUUAAAACUCUACUAAUAUCAAAUAGUGAAAGACCAUCACCACCACCACCAGCGGCAAAUCAAUACACAUCGGUGGUGUGGCGUAGAGAUAGAGUAUUGAUCGCUGAAAUGAAAUAGCAAAAUAUAAAUCUAUUUAAAUUCCUUUAA